AUAACCCACAUAGAUACAGUUAAGGACAGUAGCACAUAAAGCUUAGGUAAGACAAUGGCCGUGUCCUCCACCACCGCCACAGUAUGCAUUCCCGGUAAGAACGUUUCACCCACUCCAGCACCAAAAUUUGGAUUCUCAACUACCAUCAGUUUUACUGUGAAACCGCGUAGAUUAUGCAUCAGAAGCUCCAGUAGUGAUGUCUCAGCCGAUACCACUGACGCAGAGGUAGUAGAUUCAGAGAGUUCCAUUGAAGUUCCAAAAGAACCACCAUCUUUAAUUUCUGCUCUUAACGUAGAGAGGGCUCUACGUGGCAUACCAAUUACAGACGCAGAUCAUUAUGGUAGACUCGGCAUUCCAAGAGGAUGUCCCUUUGACAAGGUGGCGGUUGCAUACAAUAACAAGGUACGAGAAUUGGAGAGCCAAGAUUUAGAGGAAGAAGAACUGAAACAGAAACUAGCACUUCUCAAAGAAUCAUACACCAUCCUGUCAUCGGAACAAGAAAGAAGAAUAUAUGACUGGAGCUUGGCCAGAUCCCAGAUUACAGACAAAUACGUUUGGCCGUUCGAGGUUGACAUAACACAAAUCCCAAAAGGAGAUCCUCCCCCACAGGAACCUGAGGAUGUCGGACCAACAAUACUGGUUGGAUACUUCAUAUUGGGAUGGAUAAUACUCUCAAUCGUGUUAUCAAUUGGCCUAAACUUGUAGAAGAAAAGUGUACAUGUUUGAAACUUGUUUUCCCAAAAACAAUAAUGUAAUGCAUAACACUUAAGUAAAUUAACACUUAGCCUUAAUUUCAAAGCAUUGUUUUACACAAUUAUUCAAUUAUAUAUUGUUAA